ACGAAAUGAUCCGGAAUAAUUGCGGCAUGGCGCUUUUCUUACUGGUCAUCCUCUUCGUCAAUUUUCAGGAAAUAAAAACUUCAACUUCACAUUCUGAAAAGACAGCCUUCCUCAACUCUGACAUGAUACUACAGUGUCAUUUUAAAUUGAAGAGCCCAGGGCAUGGCCUGAAAUAUGUCACUAUAUCCUGGACAAAAGGUGAAUCAAAAGUGGCAGAGUUCAUUUAUGAGGAAUUAAGAAAAGGAACCAGCCAUGCAAUGAUGUUUAAAAGUGAACUACAAAGAGGGAAUGCCUCCCUAAGUCUCAGGAAUGUCACCAUUGAAGACGAAGGAGAAUACAAAUGUCUGGUAGAUGAAGCAGGUGAAGACCCCUUAACUGUCAGUGUCCGGGUUAAUGUUAUAGCUCAUCCUGUGGUAUUCGUAAAACCAAGUCCGAUUAUGGCAGGUUACUUAAAUAACCUGGAGUGUCACAUAAAACGCUUCUAUCCUGGAACUAUCUCUGUAGUGUGGAUGAAAAACUCCAACCCACUUCCUGGUCAAGGGCCUCUACAGCUGAAAGAAAAUGGAGACCAAACUUUCGACACAGUUAGCCGUUACCCCAACUCUUCUACCUUUGAAGAUUUUAGUGCCAACAUAUCAUGCCUGGUGAAGCAUGAGGCUCAGGAAGAAUGGAAGAAAGACGUUCCAAUCGAAAUGUGCCAGCCAUACUUGACUGUUUCACCCAAAACUCUCACAAGUUACGGGAAACAGAAGGUCACCUGUAAACUGGAGGGCUGCCCCUUCAGCAAUUUUACUUUCAGUCUGGAGAACAAUGAGGGAAUAAUAAAGGAAAUUCCAUGCAGAAAAGAGCCAGAAUGUUCUACAAACGUAACCUUCAUGAUGGAUAUCACAAAGGAGGAGGAGUUGAAGGAGUUUUUCUGUAAGGCAAAGUUUGUAGGAGAUGACAAGGUGAUCACGGAACCCAUCUUGAUUAAACCUGAAGGAUUAACUGUGGAAAAAGUGAUGCCAGUAAUAGAGGUGGUGGUGCCUGCAGUGCUGGUGCUGGUGCUGGUGGCAGCAGUCAUACUAGGAAGAGGGAAACUCUGGAAAGUUUGCAAAAAUUAUCUGAGAAACAAAGACAGCUUAUCUGAGAUUCAAAAUGGUGAUCCUAUUGAACUUCAAAAUCUUAAGCAAGCAUAAGCAUGGAGAGUUAAAGUGGAAAGAACAAAUGAAACAGAAUCAGACGUUUUAUUGAUGACCUGAUUCACUGAACUUCACUUCAGAGACUGCUGGACCCCCAGCUUUAAUACUACUGAUGAUGUGAUGGUGCCCACCUUUGAGCUGCUUUACUUGAGGCCAGUUUACACAGCUUGGUGUACUUGCUACUCAUCUUCAAAAAACUGUAUUGUGAUAUUCAAGGUGAUCAUCCAAAAAUAUGUUAUAUGAAGACUGCUGCAACUUUUGUUGUUCAGAAGGAAAUAUUAUGUAUAUUUAUUGAUUGUUUUCAUCAGAGUUUACCUUCUGUAUUUAAAUGCGGGUAAUAUUUGAGGAUGCAAAAUCCAAAAUCUGUUUCUCUUAUAAUGAAGGAAUUGUAGCUCUAUAUGGGGUGAAGGUGGGUGUAAAGUGUUAAAUAAUUUUUUGCUCAGGUUAAGCUUUCUGCACUAUAUACGUUUACUUCAGGUUGGGUUGGAACAGGUGGGUGCUUAGUUGUUCAACUUCUUUUAAUUGAAUGUAAAGCCUUAACUCCUCUGCUGCCAUCAUCAACAUUGCUACCAAAAGAAAAAAAUGAUUUCUAUUUAAAACACAUAUAGUACUUGUUAGUUUAAAAUGCCUUCCUACCACUGCAAUUUGCACAUAUUCUACAGAGAGUGGUCCAUAAAUUGAUAGAUUCCAAUCAAACUGGAUUUUGUUAAAAUUCUUCAGGAUUAGCACAACAUCAGUUACCUUCUUUAUAGAAUAGAUGCAGUAUUGACAAAACCUUGUCAUGUUGCCUUCUUUCCACAUGAUGUAAAGAAGACCUUUGCUUGCGUAAAUUGUGGAUUUCUUUAGCAGGUCUCGGAGGAAAUGAGGUUUGGAGGGCGAUUUAUUGACAUGGCUCAGACUCUUUACACUUCUCUCACUGCCACCUUACUCACAAACUGAAAUAUUCCCAACCUAUCGAUUUAGAUACAGUAAAGGUACCAGUCAAGGAUGUCCUCUUUCCCCCCUACCUUUUACUUUGCCUCUGGAGCCUCUUACUAUUGCUUUCCACAAAUGUGACCUGAUCUCCCCUAUCAUUAUUUAAAACAUUAACUAUAUGAUUCCUCUGUAUCUAGAUGACGUUCUGCUUUCUUUAGACAAUGCCCUUUCUGAUCUUCCACAUGUUCUUAAUCUCUUUAAUUCUUAUGAGUCAUUAGCCAGGUACAAAAUAAACUGGUCCAGAUCUGCUCUUCUUCUAAAUUACCUCUGUCCAUAGCCCACUUUUCUUCCAUUUAUAAUGAUAGCAACUUCUUUCAAUAGCUUGGUUUAAAAUAUUGCCAUUUACCAGAGAGUUCUGAGGGGUGUGAAGGACACUCUCGAAUUUCAGACCCAGUGUCCCUCUGUCUGUUCAUUCCAACACAUGGUGUUCAUCCUUUUGUUUUGUCAUUGUCCUGCUUCUUCUAAUACCCUUCCUCCCGUUUAAUUUUGGACAGAGAAUUCUAUGCUCCUUUUCCAUUUUCUUUGAAACUCCAAAAAAACCUUCUAUUAAAUAUUGAACACUUAUCUGAGAUAUGUAUGAUACAGGGGUGUUCCUUUCAUAUUUUCUGGUAGAGAUUUAUCACUGUGUAGUGAACCGCGACUUCUAGGAGAGUGUGAAAGUUACCACCAGAUUUGCGUAUCAAUGAAGCUGCUACACUUUUAAAUUGAGGGAGGGAUAGAAUCAGGCCAACACCUAAGCCCUACAGUAUUUCCACCCUGACACCCGAAUAUUAACAACACAACAGAAAAAAUUUCCAAAUAAAUUAAAUAU